GUAUCUAUCUAGUUUAGAGUACCUGAAAUGGGAUUUCUCAAAAAUUAGAGGGGUUUUUUGGUGAUACCUGCUUACUCACCUUUCUGGAAGAAUCUUCUCUGGUGCAGCAAUCUCCAGGGAGUUUCUAAAGAAAUGUGCAACCUUCAUUAUGCUCAUGAUGGAAAGCAAAAUUAUAGGGAUACUACUCUCUCUCCAAAUGCUCCAGAUUCUCUCUUCCAAGCUAAAAAUAAGCAGAGUAAGAAUGCUUCCUAAACUGAUGGCUGGGAAUCUCUCUCUCCUUGUGUUGAGCUACAAAUUUUUUAUGACUUUGGGUUUUGAUGUUUUACAGCGUGUCUCUUACUAUUACCAUUUUUUUUUUUUUAACAAGGCUGUGAUUUUUCAUGAGUUUUAUAAUUAUUUCAUUUGUCAGGUAGAAUAUAAGGGGGUUUCCAUCUGCACAGAUUUUUUAUAUUGUUUUGUUCUUGCUACUACAAAAGUCUGUGGCAAAAUAGUUAUGUCCACUGCUUUCUUUCUGUCACCCUGGCCAGUAUUGGUAGAGGUCAGGUCUGGAAAGUAAUAUAGCUCAAAACCAAACACUCUUCUGUUCUUGAGCUUUGUUACAUUCUUGUUUACCUGCAGUGGCAUGGGAAUUUUUGUUUUGUUUUGUUUUGUUUUGUUUGUUUGCUUGUUUUUUAAUGAGGCUCCAUCAUUUUCAAAUCUCUGUAUCUGCGUGAGUUAUUGUUUGUACUAUACCAGUAAUAAGGGGGAAAAUAAGACAAAAUAGUGACAACUGGUAAUCAACUGAUUUUUUACAGGUGUUUGUCUUGACUGCCAGCUGUUCUUCCCACAAUGUAUUUGAUAUGUUGUAAAUUUAUUGAAAAUUUGGGAAUUUUGACAAGCUGUGAACCUAUGUUGUUUUCCAAACACAUGAACAUUUGAAUGACUUUAUUUACAUGUAAAUCUGCAUGUACACUGCUGAUUGCAUGCUGAUUUACAGUACAUAAAGGUAAAAAUAGGAGACACUGAGUUGUGUUUUAUAUAUCACAGUAGCACUGUUCUUGCAUGGUUUUUAUCUUGCAUGACAAUUGAAUAUGUCUAUAUUAGUCGACAUAUAACAUGUCUUGUGGUUUAUGCAUGCUGCACUAAUCUCUGUGUUAAAUCUGUCCCCUCUUUAUUCAGAGCAUGCUGUCUAGGUCCUUUAAUUCCAAUUAUGCUGCUGUUAGCAGCUUUCACUAUGGCAGCUCUAGGGAUCUGCAUGGCAGCCAGGGUAGUGUUGCCUUGAGUGUUGCAGACGGAAGAGGUUCUGGUGUGCACGUUGUUCGACAUCCCCAGGCUUCAACUUCAGGAGACCAAUGUCAAGAUGAGGUAUUCAUUUCAGGAAAGCAGAAUUACUCAUCUGCUACACUUAGUCUCAAAGAUGUCCCUCCAGACAGCAUGAAGAAAAUAUCUGUGCAGAUACCUUUGACAAACGGACAGAUGUGCCAGCCUCAAAGACCUCAGGCAAACUAUAGCCAAGUCCAUCAUCUCCCUCCUCAAUCAUCAGUAGGAAGACAUCCAUCUAGAGAACAGUUAAUUGAUUAUUUGAUGUUGAAAGUUGCCCACCAACCUACCUAUACCCAGUCUCAGUGUUCUCCCAGACAAAGCCAUGAGUUGGUAAAGCAAGAGAUUCGAGUGAAAAUUGACAAGGAUCCAGAACUUGGAUUUAGUAUAUCAGGAGGAGUUGGUGGUAGAGGAAAUCCAUUCAGACCUGAAGAUGAUGGUAUAUUUGUAACCAGAGUACAGCCUGAAGGACCAGCAUCUAAGCUGUUGCAACCUGGGGAUAAAAUAAUUCAGGUACUAGUGUGUGAAUUUGUUAUUUUUUUUUUUUUUUUUUGUUACAGAUUAACUAAACUCCAGAUAUUGGAACUUAGAGAAAACCAGUUAAAAAUUUUGCCAAAAACCAUGUCCAGACUAACCCAACUGGAAAGACUGGACCUAGGAAGUAAUGAAUUCACAGAAGUGCCUGAAGUGCUUGAGCAACUGAGUGGGUUAAAGGAGUUUUGGAUGGAUGGUAAUAGAUUAACACUUAUUCCAGGAUUCAUAGGUACUUUGAAACAACUGACCUACCUGGAUGUUUCUAAAAACAACAUCGAAAUUGUUGAAGAAGGUAUUUCAGGUUGUGAAAGCCUACAAGACCUAUUGUUAUCCAGUAAUUCACUUCAGCAACUGCCAGAGACUAUUGGUUCCCUGAAGAAGGUAACAACUCUUAAAAUUGAUGAAAAUCAGUUAAUUUAUUUGCCAGACUCCAUAGGAGGGUUAGUAUCAGUAGAAGAACUGGACUGCAGUUUCAAUGAGAUUGAAACAUUGCCUUCAUCUGUUGGGCAACUAUCUAACAUAAGGACAUUUGCCGCAGACCAUAACUUCUUAACACAGCUACCACCAGAGAUUGGAAAUUGGAAGUAUGUAACGGUAUUGUUUCUGCAUUCAAAUAAACUUGAAUUUCUCCCUGAAGAAAUGGGUGACAUGCAGAAACUGAAGGUCAUCAACCUGAGUGACAAUAGGCUGAAGAAUUUGCCGUUUACCUUUACAAAACUGCAACAGCUCACUGCCAUGUGGCUAUCGGACAAUCAGUCUAAACCACUUAUCCCCCUUCAAAAAGAAGCUGACCCUGACACACAGAAAACUGUGCUUACAAAUUACAUGUUCCCACAGCAGCCGAGGACUGAGGAUGUUAUGUUCAUAUCUGACAAUGAAAGCUUUAAUCCAUCUUUGUGGGAAGAACAGAGGAAACAGCGUGCUCAGGUGGCAUUUGAGUGUGAUGAAGACAAAGAUGAGAGAGAGGCACCACCUCGGGAGGGCAAUCUGAAGAGGUAUCCAACUCCAUAUCCUGAUGAGCUGAAGAAUAUGGUCAAAACGGUCCAGACAAUUGUACAUAGGCUAAAGGAUGAAGAGUCUACUGAAGAUGUUGCCAAGGAAUCAAAACGAGAAAGCCAGACAGUUUCUGUAAAAGAUGUGGGGGUAAAGACUUCCGAAAUUGUUCCAAUGAAGAAUAAGGCUGAUGAGAGAAAGCAGUAUUCAGCAGGAAGCUCUGUGCAGAAGCCUACUGAACCAGAAGCUGAGCACUGCACUGCAAAUUCGCAGAUGGCUGCACUUGUUAAAACCUUGCAGAACACAAAAACAAUUGUUAACCAUGAAGACACGCUUGAGCAGGAGUCAGAAGAACUCUCUUCUGAUGAAGAGAUGAAAAUGGCAGAAAUGCGACCACCGCUGAUAGAAACUUCCAUCAACCAACCAAAAGUGGUAGCUCUUAGCAACAGUAAAAAAGAUGAUUCAAAAGAUGCUGAUUCCUUAUCAGAUGAAGCUACCCAGAACAGUAAUCAAAAUAACAGCAACUGUUCUUCUCCUUCUCGAAUGUCAGAUUCUGUUUCCUUAAAUACUGAUAGCAGCCAAGAUAUUUCUCUCUGUUCACCAGACAAAGAAACACAUGCUGCUGUUUUAUCCAAGAUCAGGAGAGAAGAUGAAAAUUUGAAUAAUCUUUUGCAAAAUGGAGGUGAAAUGAACAUUACUGCAGAAGAAGAAAUAAAUGUGCAGGAGAAAGUUACAAAUCUGUCUGAAUAUGAACUGAGCAUUGAAGAAAGAAUAGGUCUGAUAGGAAAAGGUGUGGAUCUAACUAGUCCUACAGAGGAGACUCACAAAUUAGACCAAAUAAACAUGAAUAUCAAUAAACUGGUUAGUGAAGAGGCAGUGCCAGUUCCCAUAGAAAGAGUAAAACCACAGGAAGUAGUGUCAGUAAAGGGCUUGAUGAAUAAUGUUAUGAAAGAAGGUGAGCACUUGGAAAAUGGAAAUAGGUAUCCUACAAAUAAAGUAAAUGGACAUCCUGAAGAAUCAGUACAGUCUCCCAGUAAAGAUGAACUACUGAGAAGCACUACAGUUGAUGGCAACUCUUCCACUGAGCUGUCUGUUUCGCGGAGCACUGAAGAUCUGUCACCACAGAGAAGUAGUACUGUGAUGAAGUCUCACAGCAUCACCAGUAUGGACCCUGGUGGUCUGAAAGUCUAUGGUAUUGUCAGUGACAGUGGAUCUCCACAGCCAAACUCAGUGGUAAAAUCUUUAUCUGGUAAUGCAGAUGGGAAAAACAUAGUCAGGAGUAAAUCUGCUACUCUUCUAUAUGAUCAGCCUUUACAAGUUUUUCCUGGAUCAUCAUCAUCAUCUGAUUUAAUAUCAUCUACAAAAACUCCAUUCAAGUUGGACUCAAAUCACAAUCCCGAAGGUGCUAAUGUAGUGAGAGGAUCAGUGCCAGGUGGUUCACAGAUGUUUUCCACUCCCCAGUAUAAUAUUCAGUACAGCAGCAGUACAACAGCAAAAGACACCUUGUGGCCCCAGAAACAAAGCACCCAAGUAGAACAAAGCAGCUUACCUCCUUCACGUCUGCUGAGGUCUGACAGCACAGAGGCACCUAGCUAUUUAAAACAUUCUGCCAAUAUGAAUUUCUCCAACCAUAACAAUGUCCGUGCCACUGCUGCAUAUAGCACUCAUCAGCGAAUGGCUGGUAGACAUAUAGACAUGUGGGCUGUUCCACCAAAUGAUAGACUGCUCCCUGGAGCAACAAGACACACUCUUCAAAGACAGAGCAGUGUAUCUUCUACUGCUUCUGUAAAUGUUGGUGAUGCUGGACCUUCAAGGCGGGCCCAGGUUCCUGAAGGGGAUUAUUUAACAUACAGAGAUUUGCAUUCAAUGGGAAGAGCUCCACCAGUAAUGUCAGGGCAGCAGAGACCUCUUUCUGCCAGGACAUACAGCAUUGAUGGUCCAAAUGUACCUCGGCCACAGAGUGCUCGUCCAUCAGUGAAUGAAAUACCGGAAAGAACUAUGUCAGUUAGUGACUUUAAUUACUCUCGGACUAGCCCUUCAAAGAGAUCAAAUCCAAGAGUUAACUCUGAGCACUCUUUGUUAGACCCUACAGGAAAAAGUAAAGUCCCUCAUGACUGGAGGGAACAGGUGCUGCGACAUAUUGAGGCUAAAAAGCUAGAAAAGGUAAAAAUAAUUUUAUUUUUUUCUAUUUUUCUGUAAUCUAAGCAUGAUGCAAGUUAAAUAUCCAUGUUUUGAGCAGCUUUUAAUUACCAGUAAAAUUAUAUUUCUGUACUACUACUUCUUUUAAAAGGUAAACAUGUUUAUGAUGAAUAUCUGAAAAACAGUCUCUAAGUGAAAUGUUUCCCUGUGGAAAAAGGUCCCUGUUGGUUUUUACAUCAUACUUGCCAGCUUAGUCCAAUACAUUGAAUACAUUAAAUGUCCUGUUGACCUUCUGGACUGCAAGUCCAGCUCUUUUAGGUCAGGUAAUGUUUGUUGUUAAUAUAGCAGCGUCUUCAUAUUCUAACUAUUCUGUUACCUUUCUUGAGCUUUCUCUUCUGCAUUUUUUCCCUAUUUCUUCAUUUCAAGAACAAGGAAAAGAACAUCAGUAAAAUGUAUUUGGAAGUACAGAUCUACAGCUUCAAGUGCUGAGGAGCUGAAAAAAUAUACAGUUAACGUUUAUUUGCCUCCAAGCCAGUUGUCUUUUGAAGUUGGAUAUCUGACAGACUGUUGAAUGAAUAUUUAUAACUUAGAGCACAUAAAAAUCUUGUUCAUUUCAGGAAAUCACAGGAGAUUUUGAUAUAACUAGAGAUGACGAACAGGAUUCUUUAUGUACCUUAAUGCUGUCAAAAAUUUGAGCUGAUAUGGAAAUGUGAACAGUUAAGCAUCUUCAAAGAAAUUGGGUAGAGACUGGGAGAAUAUAAUAUGGUAUGCUAUCCAGCAGAACCACUGUAAAAUCACAUAACUAAACAUCAUCAGCCUGACUCUGUUCCUUGGAAGGAAAGUGAAUUUGUUUUUUUUAAUUUGCAUAAUUCCUAAUUAUAAACAGAGAUGUUUGUUUUCAAAGUCCACACAACAGCCACGGCUGUCUUGUGAUCCAUUUUGAGUCAUAUAGGACAAGAUAUUUUAAGGCAAAGUAUUAUGCUGAGGUGUGGUGGACCCUUUGUCCAACAAGGCUGUCACAGACCUCACAACGUUUCAAUCCUAAUCAAAGGAUUCCCCUGGAUUGCAUAUAUCUAAUCUUAAACAAUGGAAAAUGAAAAAAUUGCACAAUGCUUGAGUAUAGAGGGAAACUUCAGUGCCCUGCUAAAGCUAUUUGGUUUUAGUUCAUUCUUACGCUGUCUAUGUUUCACAUGUUAGGAGUGAUGUUUAAUACAUCAAAUGAAAACUGCCCAGGUAUCAUAGAAAUUUAGUCGCCUUGACUUCAUACCCUUUAUAUCUCUUCAUAUUUUUUCUUUCAUGCUUUUUGUGUAAACCUUAAUUAUUGUUUCUUACUAGAAGGAUAUGGAAUAGUUGCUCCUGGGUUCUUAGCUGUGCAUCUAUCUAACUUAUAUUAAUAGCGUGCCUUUUGUGUGCGUGCUUCUUUUUUCUGGCGUUAAAGCAUUUUAAAGAAGAUUUUGCUAAGCAGUCUAAGACUUAUGAGUUUAAAGGUGAAUAUAGGUGUAUAAUUGUCUACUUUAUAUUUUCUGGGAUAUGAUUGACUUUAAAAAAAAAAACACAACUAUGAGAAAUGCAGAUAUAAUCUAUAUGGCAGUUGGCAAAUAUGAUCAUGUAGAAAUUCUAGAAAUUCACUGGAUAUUUCUUCUUUUAAAAUAAUAGUUUCAGGUAUGAUUGUACUUAAAAUGUAUUUCUAAUAUGGGAGUUUAAUCUACAGAACAGACUUCUGAAGUGUAAUGAAGUCUGGGAAAAAAUCAGUAUUUACUUGAAGAAGUGAAUACUUCAUUUAAAGAACAAACAGUUAUUGGAAAUUGCUUUGACAAAGCUCAUGGAUUUAUACUGCUGUUUCCCUUUCUUUUGAAGUACAAGACAUAGUACUGACAAAUCAAGUAUACAAAAUUAAGCUUUAUGAUGAAUUUAAUUCAUAUCUUUGUGCCUGUUGUUAUGCACAACAAUAUGGGUUAAUAAUCUUAAUUUCCUUUGACUCUUUUGAGUCUGCUAUUGAAUUAAUUACUUUUUAAAUUUUUAUCCAAUACUUACUAUGAAAAGGUAUGUGAAAAAUGUGUGGUGUUUUUGACUUGUUGAGGAUUUGUGUUGUGGAGAUGGUGGUGUUUAGGCUUUUGUCUUUUGUUCUUUUGUUUUGGAUUGUUUG